GAAAUUGUGACAAAAAACCCUAGGGUUUAAGAGCUGUUCAUCGCUGAUAAUCCAUAUUGGGAGCGAUACAACCCAAAGGAACAAGGAUCUUACCGUACCUGAUUAUGGAGAAAACGCCAGCAGCUUGUGCCAUGGAUUGGAGCAUUCGUCUUGACAAAGCGUUACGGUCCAGCAACCCUGGGAAGCGUACUGAAGCCAUAGAAGAGGUUGGGGCUAGGUUGGAGUGGUGGAGCCAGGAGCCUGAGCUUAUGAUGGCUGAAUAUGACAUGUUUGGCUUAGUCCCUGGAGAGGAUAAGCUAUUUGCAAAUGCCAUCCUUCUCCGGUUGGCUGACGCUUUUGUAUCGGGUGACAAACACACAAAGCUAUGUGUUGUAAAGAUUUUAUUGUCAGAGUUAAAGCAGAGGAAAAUGAAAAGUCCCAAUAGGAAAAACAAAGGAAUUCUGUUGGGAUAUAAGGUAGAGAAUCACUUGGAACUUUUGAGGAGAAUAAAGUUAUGUUUCAACUCUGGUGACGAGGACAUUAGAGCACUGGCAUUAGUUCUUUUUGGUUGCUGGUCUGAUUUUGCUAAAGAUAAUGCUGAGAUUCGCUAUCUUAUCUUAUCUAGUGUUGUGUCAUGCCAUGUUCUGGAGGUCAAGGCUUCAUUAUUUGCUGCUGGAUGCUUUUGUGAGAUUUCAGAUGACUUCGCAUGUGUACUCCUGGAGAUGCUAGUAAAUAUAGUUUUAUCAUCUGAAAUGCCACUUGCUGGUAGGCUAGCAGGAGUUCGUUCUUUUGCAAAACUAGGACGCUCUUCAGCAGUGUCUAGUAGAGCGUAUGAGGAAGGGCUAAAGCUGGUUUCAGGUUUAGCAGAUGAUACUGUGCCAACUAUGCUGAUUUCACUUUCGAUAAUUGCUUCUAGAUCAGCACUCUUGAUUUCUAGGCAGGUAGACCUGCUUCAUUCGUUUUUAAGCCAAGAUAAGGCACUGCCAUUACAAGCAACAUCGUUAAGAUGUCUACAUAUUAUACUAUCAAGAAGACGUUUUCGUUUUUCUCCUCCUAUGGAGCUGAUGAGUUCAAUGUUCAAUAUGCUAGAUGGAGAACUCCCACCAUCCAUGCAAUGUGAUGCUCUACAUAUUUUGUAUGAGAUCCUUAUGUCCAAGAUGUUAAGUUUCAGUCCUUCGGAAAUGCAUGCAUGUUUCACCAAGCUAUUAACCGUUGUUGAGAUUUCAAUGCGAUCUCCAUUCGUAUCAGACAGACUCUUUGCCAUGCAUGUUGUGGCAGAUAUAUCUGGGAAGUUCACAAGAAGAAGAGACAUGCCAUAUGAUGGGGAUGACAAAACUUUGGCAUCCCAAGCGAUCUCGUUUCUUGUGGCUCGGAUCACUUUGCUGGUGAACUCCGUACUGAAGCUUAAUCAGCCUGACAUGGAAAUGGAGAAAGAAAUUUGGAGCUUGCUCAAAAUCACCUUUUUCCUGCUAAAUGAAUGCCCUGAUCUUGGGGAAUUUGCUCUGCAUAAACUCCAUCUCUUAAUCAACUGCCUACUGAAUAAGGAUGAAGUUUUAAGCACAGGGAAAGAAGACUUAACAGGUCAUGUCCUUAUACAAUGCGGAAGAGAUCACAGAAGAAUCUUGUCAAAGUUUAUGGUUUGUGUAUCCAAAGUGAUCAUUUUAUGUCUAAAAAGUAUGGUGAAAGCUGGACCUCUGAGUAACCAAGUUCAGAAUGUUGUGAGGCUUAUAAUUGAAGACGUAUGUGGGUGCACCUAUAUUGAUUACUAUGUCCACACUGUCUAUUAUCUUUUAUUGCAACCUCAUGCUAACUGCCAUUACAUGUUAAAAGAGAUGGAAGAAGGUAAUGCCCUUGACAAGACCUUGAUUACUUCUGAUCAUGCAUACCCAAUUAAAAAUGAAAUUCUUGCUCUUGAGAGAGCAAAGAAACUUAUAGCAAUUAAAGACAAUUGGUCUGCUUACAAGACUGGAAGAUAUGCAGCAUCUCAGGGAGCAUGGUUUACGGCUGCUUUUAUUUUUGGAGAACUAAUAACUAUGGUUUAUUCUGAUUCCUGCCGUCACUGGUUAACAUCUUUGGCUUUAUUUGCCUGUUCAGAAAUGAAAAUCCAGUAUUGCAGUUCCCCAAAGGAAAGGUCGGUUCUGUUAACUUGGUUAGAGUCCAACGGAUCUUCUGCCUUGUCAAUAGUAGGAGAUAUAGGUGAGGUGGGAAAAACGACAACUAAAGAGAUUAAUUUGCAUCACUACAUUGAAAGUCUUGAUGAGGUGUGUAAAAUUCUUCAGGCUUCAAAGGAACUAUUGUUUAAUCGGAUCACACCUAGUGGUCAACAUUACUUCCAGAUGCAGUUUUUGUCUUUAAGGGUAAAUGUUAUAGAAAUUGUACUUCAUGCUUUUAAGCUCUUGGAUACUGUUUCCUUUCAAGAAGACAACAUUAGGAACAACCGGCUAAAGAGAAGUACUGUUGUUCAGAGUGCAGGACAUUUGCAUCAUGCUGCAUCCUUGGUUCAGCCACUUACACAGCUAUCUACCCGUUUAAUGAAACUAGCACAAGAGUAUGAUCUACUUGCCACAUCUUUUAUUGACAUAGACAAGAGAAGUGCAAUGAUCAUUUCUGCACAUGCGCUAAGUUGUUCAGCAUUGGCUUUCAUUACUGGAUUUUCUCUUUUCUUUGCAAACCUAGAUUCGCUGCAGCAAUUUCCAAAUCUUGGUUUACUUAAGUUACAGAGUAACUUCCAUGCUAUGCUUAUACAUGACCUUGUAGCGCGACUUUGGCAUAUAGACCAGGAGACUAGCAAACAGCUUCUUCUGCUUCUAAAGACCUGUUUUGGUCAAUCGAAGAGCUGCAAUGUUCCACAGGCUAAAAUUGGGAGGUUAGAAUAUGCAUAUGAAGUAAGAAGUAUUAUCAUGAUUUGUCAAUCUGCUGUCAAGGGAGUUGUUGGCAUACAAAAUGCAGCAAAAAGAUUGCAUGACGGCAAUGAUGAGAUUAUAUUGCAAAUAACCAAAGAUGGACUGGGACUUCAACUAGAUACUGUAAGGAACUGGUUAAACAUCUCCUUCAGGACUCCAAGAUACUUCUUCCGUGUAAGGCCUAGUGUCUCUUGUCAGCUGUUUGCCAUGAACAGAGACUGUGGAAAUGGUGAGAGGAUCUCUGUCCUGCCAGAAUGUCAUCUCCAUCUAGAUCUGUGUCUUCAAUUAACUGAUAUUUCACCAGAGUCCAGAGUUCGGCUGACCAAGCUUUAUUGCAUCCUUCAAUGUAAAAUGUCUUACCAGCUACCUUGUCAAACUACAGACAGUGAAAGAAAAACACAGGCAGUGCUUCCUGACCAGACAGAUGAUAAUGUGCUAGAAUUGAAUGAAAAGCUCGUGAAGUAUGUGAACAACUAUGACAGGUUUGGUACUAAUGACAAAAAUCAUACUUUUGAUGGCCAGAUUGCAGAAUCAGUCGUCUGUUUCAGACUUAAUGGAAAAGGGCAAGGAUUCUCUACUUGUAUACUUGAUGUUUCGAUGUUUCCUUUGGGUUCUUACAAAAUCAAGUGGCAUGCUGGUUGUAUGGACAUUGAUGGUUCUUAUUGGAGCCUAAACUCUUUGAAUUCUGGUCCAGUGGUUUUCACUAUACAGAAAUCUCGAUAAAAGGGGGAGAUCUAGACAAGUUCAACAGUUUUGGUAUUUGCUAUGAAGACAAGUAAACUAGGAGGUGGAGCUUCAAGAAUUCGAGUAUCAGCGUAGAAUUGUGGACACAAGGUCCACAAAUGCACGGGCACUUGUGGAUUAAAGCGUCAAGUAUCAACUGUUCAGUCUUCACUACGGAGACAUACAUGUAAAUCUCCGAUUGCGGAUUAGGAAUUAUUCUUGUAACUUUUAUCUCUGCCUAAUAAAAUGCGUGAAUUCCAGAUACAUUAUCCCGACACUUUGCCAAGUAUGAAGACACGAAACCCCGUUUGCCAGUUGGA